CUCCGAGCUUGGUAUUUACGGAAGUGAAAGUAACAUCAGCAGUUCAAGUCUUUUGUUUUUGAUCUUCUAAACAAAACAAAAAAAUCAUAUUGCAAUUAAGGUUUAUUAAUAUCAGAAGAAGCAUCUUUAUUAUCCGCUGCGACUGAGCUUCCGUAGGAAGCCCCGCAGUUAACAGACUACCUGCUUCUGGUUCAUUCAAGAGGAACCGGAGCAGGAUGGAGGUGUUAUUCUUUUGUAGUUCGAGUGUAUUUAAAAACUUGUAACGCUUUGAUCCACUCUGGCUUUUUAUAAUCUAUAUUUCGUGUUGUGGUCUCCGGAGGGGUGAUUUAAUUUAAAGAAAGGGCUGGUAGUCUGCUAUUAGCAACAUGGGUAACGAGCAGAGCGGAGAUGCGGAACAUAAACACACCGAUUACAGCUCAUCUGCGGUGCCUUCUCCGGCGCGGCACAAGGCGAAGAUGGAUGACAUAGUGGUUGUGGCGCAGGGGACUCAGUCCAUGAGAAAUAUCCACAAUGAUCCCGAUGUGAUCAAGCUCCAAGAGAUCCCGACAUUUCAACCACUUCUGAAAGGAGUCCUGAGUGGUCAGACGUCCCCGAGCACAGUUUGUCUGGAGAGGCUGGACCCCGCCCAGGUUCUGCAGCUCUGCAUCCGAUACCAGGACCACUUGCAUCAGUGCGCUGAGGCCGUGGCCUUUGACCAGAACGCUCUGGUUAAAAGGAUCAAAGAGAUGGACUUGUCGGUGGAAGCCCUGUUCAGCAUAAUGCAGGAGCGUCAGAAACGCUACGCCAAAUACGCCGAGCAGAUCCAGAAGGUCAACGAGAUGUCGAUGAUCCUGCGCCGCAUCCAGAUGGGGAUAGACCAGACGGUGCCCCUGAUGGAGCGCCUCAACAACAUGCUGCCAGAGAGCGAGCGCCUGGAGCCGUUCAGCAUGAGGCCAGACGGAGAAUCGGCCUCCAAGUAGCUGGCUGGAAUCAAACCCUCGUGGACUCGCAUUUUAAUUUACUUUAUUGUCAGAUGGAACUAGUAGCAUUACAUAGCAGCGUCCAGAUGCUUUCCUUCGCACAGAAGGGAAUGGUGACGUUUUUAAACCUUCCUCAUGGAUAGAAACCCCAUAAAAUCAUGUUGGGGGGGAAAAAAAGCACUGCUGAAGAACAGAUACAUUAAUUUUCUUUGUGGAUCAUGUUGCUUCACAGAUCCGGGCUGCAAUCUGCCUGAAAAUGUUGUGGGCUUGAUUAUGGAGUGAGUUUUGUUACAUUUUUGUUGCUGCAAGCAAAGAACACGUAUUUUUGUAAAUGGAAAUUUGAAAAAACACAUUUUGAAAAAAAUAAAAUAAGCAGAAAAGGUAAUUUAGAAAUUUCACGUUUGAAUCAAAAAAUGGUUUUAAGAGUAAAUUUGCUGUUUCUCAGAUGUUGUCUUUUUCAAAGAAAAAGUUACAGAUUUUAUAGUUCUGUUUUUCAGAUUGAGUUUUACAAAUUCUACUGUUUAUAAACUGUGUUUUCACUUCAAGCCCAAUGCAAACACUGAUGCACACAUUGACAUAUGAAAAUGUUGCUAACGUCCAGUAGACCAAUAACAAUGUUUUGUUUGUCCUUCACUCCUCACUCCAGAGGAAAGCCUGUCCAGAGCAGUGAAGAGGAUGGCAUCUGUAAAACAUGCAAAUAGAAAAUAAUGCAAUUAGUAAAACUCAAUAUGUACAACAGAAAUUCACAGAAUUAAAUCUAUAAUCUGUAAAGAGAAAACAAAUUGAAAAAUAAACUUGGAAAAAAUAAAAUGUGAAAUAUAUUGAAAAAAUAAAAGCUAAAAAAGACAGCAAAGUUACUUUCAAAACCUUUUUAUUCGAUAAUUAUUUUUUUCUGGAUUGCAUUUUUAAGUUUUAAUUUACAAACUUUAUUUUCAUUUAGAUAGCGUGUUCUUUGCUUGCAACGAUAAUGGAACGAAACUCCCUCCAUAGUAACUGAGAACGUCAUGAUGGACAUGAACCAGAUGUUUGCUUAUAAUGAACUCAUUGAAUUUAACUUGAAUGGUUUUAUAUGAAGUUGUUUGCUCUCAGAAUUAUAUGGAGCAAUAAUGAUAAUGCCUUUGCACAUUUAAUCAACCCCAAGGUAAAUAUAAAACAUUAAACACAAAGAUCUCCAUCCAUGUUUUAAGCUCUCAUUAAAACACAUUAUUAUUUGAAAUAGUUGU